AAAACGUUGACAUUAUUUUUAAAGAGUAAUGGUGCAGGGAGCAAUGGGCCCCAGUCUACAUGCCACAUCUUAUCAUAUUGAGAGACCAAUGCAUUGUGGGGUGUUGGUCCUUUUAUUUGAUUUGUUGGCAGUAAGGAAAACAUAAAAGUAAUGAAAGCCUUUUUCUGAUUGCACUGCUUGCACGUCAAUAGUGUCAGAAAGCAGAUUUUUCACUCCACAGUAACUCAUAGCAGAGAACUUGUUUUUAGUUUAACGGAUGGUCCCCUUAAAUCUGUAACAGCUCUCAGUUACUGUGUCUUUAUUUCUUAGGCCUCAAAAUGGAGCACGGCUUGUAUCUCUUUAACUCUAAAGCCCUCUGACUCCUGCAUCAAAACAGGACAGUAAUGAUAUUUCCUGGAGGGCGUUGAUCUCACUUGGAGCCCUUUUUCCAAAGUUUCACCAUCCAGCAAUCAGCCAGUCCGGCCCAGGCUUAAGAAAUUAAAUGAGCCGCCUGCAGCUCCUGAUGUUGCUUCAGAUAUUUCGCUUAGCUGUGAACCACCAUACUGCACACAGAGAGAGUGUCUGACAAGUAAAAUAAGCUAGAGGGCAAAACCAAUGCCUUCUCAUGUUCCAGCUGUGCAGAUACAGAACAGUCAGAAAAAAAGACGGGUAGAUUUCAGAAGGUGAUCAACUAUUUUUGACACUAUGUGAGCCAUACUGUGCCGUCACCUUGCAGUUGGAUGUGCGAGUGAUGAUCGACACUUUGAUGAGCACCAUAAAAUGGUAUAGGAACUGUGUAUGGGAGACACAUUAUUCAAGGCAGACAGGACGGGAGAGUGGUGUCUUAAAUAACUGUGACAGAUAUGAUAUGAUCACUGAGGAUUAAAUUGAAUUAUUGAAUUACUGCUGCAGCUUGGCCGGGAAUACCCAUCCCAAAGAUGAAAGACUUAGUAUUAGUCGAGUGUGACUUGACAAAAGCUCAGAAUCACUCCAGUCACUCUUACUCUGUCUUUCCUACUAAUAUUUUCUCGUUUCUUCAUAUUCUGAAUACCCACUUCGUCAAUGCUUUAGGUGAGCUUAAUUACCUGGGGAUGUUUUGAUAAUAAAUUAUUAAAUAUGAAACGGUAAAGUCAUUAGGCCAAGUUGUGAAGUCUGCAGAAAUGAAUGUCUUUUUUUUGCAGCUUCUGCAAUAAUCCAGGACUCUUUCACUUUACUCAGCAUUACAAUUAGAUGGCAAUAAUGUGAAUAUUUUAGCAUAGCAGCGUCUUUGCCAAUAACCUGAUUAUUUCGCAAUCGCCCUACAUUGUGUGGAGACUAAUUCAUUUAAGUUGUGUUUCCUCCUAUUUAAUAUUAUCUAUUAAUUAAGCAGAAAUGUCUUUGGCACAAAGCACAUUGUCAACAGAGAAUCCAAGACCUGGUUUGUGGGUGGCAAAGUGAAAUAGUUUGAAACACAGAGGAAGUAGAAAUGAUGUCAGGCUAAACUUGUUGUAAAUCUGUGAGUAUGCUCUCGAACUGAUUAGUGAUUGGAAUCAAGAGUUGUUGAGGGAAAGUAACCUCUUGAAUAUGAGAUGGUGGGGGUGCAGAUGAGUGGUACUGCUGGGAAUGUGGUGCGAUUCUGAAGCUAAAAUUGAGGUUAUUUCCAAGUUUAUAUUUAGAAAGUCUAAUGUAUAAAAUGAUAUUAAAUUUAAGAUUGUUGGCACUGAGUUGCUUCUCAGCAGCUAUUUAAAUAGAUAACCGUACAAGGACAUUUAGACAGGACAGUUAAUCUUCCACCAGCACUAUAUUCAGUAGAAUAUAUAUUUAAUCUUUUUUCAACAGGCUGUUUAAAUGACCAAUCUCAGUCACUAAUUUUGGAAUAGUGUCUGGUGCCUUUCUCUUAUAGACAUCUUAGAACAACAUCAUUUGAAAUAUUAUUUCGCUGUAACAGAGUUUUAAGAUAGUUUAAGCUCCUGUCAGAAGCUCAGAAACAUCUGCUGUGUGUCAGUUUUCUUCCUGUAAAGCUUAAAGCUAUAGCCUACUUAAAUCUGCUCCAGGCCCACAGACCUACACAGCACUGGUUAACCCCAUGGAUUAAACCCAGGGAUUAUUCCCAAAGUCCGUGUCUACUUUGACUCCAAUGCUGCAUCAUGCACCACUAUUUUCUCUGUUGCUUCUAAUUCAUGCCAUAAACAAAACACAUUUCUGGGUCAUAAAUUCACAGUCAGCUCUCUGGAGCAUCAGCUUUGCAAUUCAGGCUCCCCUUCCUGCCAGUGUACGGCUGAUAUCUCUGCUCUCACAUAUCACUGGAACACAUCUGGACUCUGUCAUAUCUCAUUUUGUUGAACAUGGGGACUCAGCAUACAAGCAAUCAUAGCAACGCACCCCAGGGGGGAAAGGUGGGGAGAGGAAUAUGGUGUAAAAGAUGAUGUUGUUGAAUUUAAAUAUAUUUAUUUCCCACCUUACCUACACUGUAUGUGCAAUUUGAAACUCAUAAAACACUAAAUUAUUCAAACAUUGUAUAUUCCACAUAUUUCUCAGCCUAUGCAUAUGUAAAUAGAUACCCUGUGCAUGCAUUUUUCAUUGCUGCAACACUAAUUACAAGACCAUUCUGCAAUCAUUUUACACCAAAUGCAACUGGCAUCUGUAUAAAAGAGAAUCAAGUUGAAUUCUGCAGGUUACUGAUUAUUUUUGCCCAAAAAUAUCUGGAAGCGGUAGGAGUAGAUAAUAAAGAGUAUGAUUAAUGUCCUCAGCAGCCCUCGGUUGUUUUUUUUCACGUUGCCCAAUAAUCACCACCAAUGGAAAUGCAGUUGGCCCGCCCCUGCCGGUCUAUUGUGAGUCCGCGUUCAGCUGGAAAGCACUCUUCCACACUCGGCACCAAAGUGGCGCACGACGACAUGUAGCUGAACGAGGAGUGCGCCUUUGAAGAUGCUUGAUUAUCGAGGCACAAUUUCUGGUUGAGUGACAAGCCUGCUGUCCAAUCUCCACCAUGAUAGCCACAGGUGGCCUGUUGCGCAUGAACAGGCGCCAGGACUCCCUCCGCUCAAAAAACCGGGCGGAAAACAAAAGGAAGCGGAAAUCCAAGAAAAAGAAGAAGAACGACGUGGUGGUGGUAAAAGGGAAGCUCAAUCUGUGCUCGCCGGCCGGUUUUGUUGCUGCUGUGGGAGUUGCGGUUCUCAUGGUGGGGAUUUCCAUGGCGGUGCUGGGAUACUGGCCCAGUCAGAGCCAGCAGCAGUACCAGGAGCGCCGCCGAACAGGAGGAUACCAAUCCAACAGGAUGAGCUACUCCAAAAGUCCACCUGCUCCCUCUAACUUGACCCAUGAUAGCCCUCCAUCAGUACAGACAACUUUAUUAAACCAGAGCCAUUCUAACAGCAGCACCCCCAACUCCUCCCGUAACUGUGGCUUCCUGUGUGACUUCCUGAAUAAUUACCUGUACUCGGACAAUCUGAAAGUGUUCGGGCCACUGGUGAUGGGAAUCGGCAUUUUCCUCUUCAUCUGCGCCAAUGCAGUCCUCCAUGAAAACCGAGACAAGAAAACCAAAAUAAUCAACCUGAGGGAUAUCUACUCCACCGUCAUAGAUCUACACAGCAUACGGUCGAAGGAGUACUCGCCUCUUAAUGGUUUGGUGAACUACACUCAGUCGAGGAGUGCUGAGGGCCCGUCGGGGACGUUCCCUGCUAGCGGGAUGCUUACUCGCGGCUCCUGGCCCUCCACUGGACUCGCUUUACAGGGCGAGGUGAGCGGCGAUGAUGUGUUCAGACGCCCGUCGUUGGCCAGCAGGCCUCAGAGCUGGUCGAGAGAUGUUCAGACCUUCACCGAAACGGUCUACAGCAUCUACAAGGACUACAGCAAUAGCAGCGAGCAGGCUCCGCAGCCCCGACAGUGGGAGACCACCUCCAUCGUCACCUCCUCUGUGAACGCUUUCACCCUCCCUGUGAUCAAACUGAACAACUGUGAGGUGGAGUCCCAGCGAGCGGAGGCAGAGGGACACUCGGAGGAGGAGGUGGUUAUUGAGACGGUUGUGGAAACUGAGGAAGUACAAGCCAGCAGCAGCCAGACUGAUGGCGAGCAGAAGGACGCCUCGGCGGCAGAUCCACCCCCACUGCCCCAUCAGAGCCACAAGGACAUAACCAUGGAUAUGUCUGACCCACAGGGGGUGCCGCAGGCUGAGGAUCAAGGACAGUGGACCCAGCUGUUUCCUCCGUCACCUGUUGCCAGGGCGAUAGGGUCACAGCUGUCGCUAACCUCCCUUACAGAUCAGCCCAGGCCGGUGCGCCGCUGCAGCCUGUCGGUGUCUGGGGGUCGUCAGGGCGACAGGGCCAGACGCUUCAGCUGCCCUCGUCUGGAGCGCUCCAACAGUAAGGGCUACAUCAAACUGGCUGACCUGGGGGGGGAGUCCUUCGAAGCCCCCGACAUAGACACUUCUUUAGUGGCCAUCGAACAGGAAGUAGCAGCGGACACAGCAGCAGAGGGAGACGCUCAGGGAGAGGACGAUCUGGUGACACCCAGCACCUCUGCAGAAUCAUAGAUAAAUGUUUCUGCUGAUGAGCCUCUGAAAACGUUUUGAUGUCUUGUUCUUUGCUUGGUACCUUCUUCUCUGGUUGCUGAUGGGAAGCUGGCCGUUAAAGAGGGACGUAAACGUGGAGAGAAAGCAGCUAAGGACUAUUGAAACAUAGCCAUGAACACUCAAGAGCACAGCUCUUUAUAAAUACCACAUCCACAGCUCAAUAUUCAGAUGUAAUUUUUCUAUUUUUUCAAUGUAGCAAGAGCAAUACUAAAGACUUGUAAGAAGAUUUAGUAAAGAUUUGUAUCAAAAAAAGAAAAUAUGAUCUAAUGGAUUUUAACUUUUCUUUUCUAUAACAGUAGGGCAAACAUUGUAGCUUGUAGUAUUGCCAAAACUGUCACUGAGAACUACUGUCUGACAUGUUGUCCUGUAGCAUUAAAACAUGCCACAGAAAACUAAAUAGUCUAGAAUUGUUUCUCUACAUUGUUAUGUGAAUACCACGUACAUAGGUGAACUGAAUUGAAUCUCAGGUAGACGUUUGGUUUAGGAGCGGGACCUUGAUGACAAGGUCUUCCCAAUGUUCACACUUGUUUAUAUGAAGCAUUCAUGGUUGAAUACAAUUAACUGUAACACCUCCUGUCGGGUCUCACAGGUUUCCUUGUGUGAUAUAAGAUAAAAUACAGCCAUUGCAAAAAAGUUUGUUUGUUUGCUCCAUAUAGUUUAAGAAAAAUUAAAUGAAAAGAUGAAAAGCUGUGGGACUCUGAUUGAUUAAGUGUGUGGCGUACCUGCAGAUGGUAUAGAUUUUGUUUUCUGCACUUCUCAUUACUGGGAAAGACUGCAGUGGUAUUGAUGUUACACUGUCUGUGCUUACUGACCUAUAAGUGACGUUUACAACUGUCUUUUUAAUAAUGAGCUUCCUUCAAGUAAUACAACAUAUAUCAUAUCAGCAGAGGCUUAUCUGCUGAUUCAGAUGGAUGAUGGAUUUUGGCAGUGGUGUCCUAAAGGUCAGAGACAUAUUCUUGUUACCGGAAAUUUGUCAGACCAAUUCCCUGUGUAAGUCAGGGUUGGAAAAGUGUACCAACAAGAUGGCCUCGAGCAAGGCCAACCGCUCUAGUGGAUCUGCAAAGUUGCCGGCAGAUUACGCUUCGGCAGCUUCCAGGUGUUAAUGUCGAAGAGCGAUAAUGUGUUAGAAGCCAUUACACCCACUGAAAACCCAGCUGAAUACAUAAAAGUGAAAACUACUCCAAAAGUGUACCAUUGGACUUCUAAUCUGGUGUCUGUGAAGGCAAAAACAUACUGUGUGAUUCACAUGUGUUUUUUACCCUUUGUGACUUGUAAACAUUUGCAUUCA